UAUAUAUAAAGAUUGGCGCCGGCGCGACAGCUGAUCAUUAUUCGUUCAUUCAUUUCUGAAGUGGAUAAUUUUCGGUGGAACUCUGAAGCCUUCAAUUGACAGAAUGGCUAACGUUAGACGCAGUGGUCGCAUCACAUUGAAAGCAAGAGAUGAGAACGCACCAGAAGAGAAUGUCAAGAUCAGACGAAAAAGAAAAUCUGAGCCAUCCAAGAAGAUUCCACCCGCAGUGAAGAAACAAAGCUAUGAAAUACAGAAACGGUGGUCAGAAGAAGGGGCAAGUCCAUGUGUCCUCGUAGAAACACCACACAAGGAGCUGGAGAUGACAAGAGACCGGUCUGGCUUCAAGCAGUUCCGAUUCAAGAACAUCUUCAUCAAGACCUCACCGCUGCCCUGCCUCAGCUGGGCCAGCUCAGAUGACGUGUGGAUUAAGAUGCUGAACAAGGAGCUGAAGUAUGUCCACGACAAGGCCUUCCUACAGCAGCACCCCAAACUAAAGCCCAAGAUGAGGGCCAUUCUCCUGGACUGGCUUCUAGAGGUGAGUGAGGUGUACACUCUGCAUCGACAGACUGCUUAUCUGGCUCAGGACUUCUUUGACCGCUUCAUGCUGACACAGGAUGAUAUGGAGAAGGACCGACUGCAGCUCAUAGGCAUCACAGCCCUCUUCAUCGCGUCUAAGAUGGAGGAAAUCUACCCGCCAAAGCUCCAUGAGUUUGCCUACGUUACUGACGGAGCCUGUGAGGAAGAAGCGAUCCUGGAGAUGGAACUUGUCAUGUUGAAGGCGCUGAACUGGAACCUGUGUCCAGAGACGGUGAUCACAUGGCUGAAGCUCUAUGCUCAGGUGGAGUCCCUGAAGGAUGGCGUCAACUUCCUGGUACCUCAGUUCUCUCAGGACACCUACAUCCAGAUCACACAGCUUUUAGACCUUGCCAUACUGGACAUCAACUCUCUGGACUACCAGUAUGGGAUACUGUCUGCUGCUGCCUUCUGCCAUUUUUUCUCAUUUGAUGUUGUCCACAAAGUAUCGGGUUUGACGUGGGAUAGUAUUGCUCCCUGUGUCCGGUGGAUGACCCCCUUCAUGCGCACUGUCAGCGCCUGUCCCAGAGUAGAGCUCAAAGACUUUAAGAAAGUGACGUCUGACGACAGACACAACAUCCAGACACACGUAGACUACCUGUCCAUGCUGAGCGACGCUCACCAGAGGCAACCGGACAGCCAAGACAGUCUCUCGCCUGCUGCCUUAGGAGGGAUAUUGACUCCACCAAAAAGCACAGAGAAACCAGCCAAUCACUGAGCCCCAGGGUCUCCUCGCGUUGAUUUUCUGACCAACCAGAUGCAGGGAGAAUUCCCUAGAUGUCACGCCUGACCAGCCAGAGGCCGGGAAACUUUGGAACCUCAUCCUCACGUGACCAAUCAAAUUUGCCUUUGGUAAUAACUCACCUUUGUGUAGCAUGUUAAGAUGAGUUAUUUUACUUUAUAUACCAAGCUGGAUAUCAGAGUAUAUAUGCAGUACAACCAUGGAAAUCAGCUCAUGGUUACUAAAUUGACUUAUUUUGUCAAAUGAUUGCAACAAAAACCCUGUUAUCUCAAUCUUAAUCCCCAGAAUUAGAAUUUUACAUGGAGAUCAUUUGAGUUGACUCAAGUCAAAUCUUCCUCCAUAGGAAAACAUGUCUGCUGCUCCCCCUGUUACUUGAAGCGGAGCAUCUCAGGACAUGGGAUGUUUUGAUAGCUAAAAAGCUACUAUUUUAUUUGAGGUGAAUUGGUACAUAAUACACAGUUGAGUUACUCAACUCAGUCUCUUAACUUUGUGUUACCAUGUGUAUUUAGUGCAGUAUAGUCUAAAUCUGGGUACUCCUGGACAAGCUCAGCCAUACAAUAACACUGAAAGAAUUAUUGAUGUUGUGUGCUAUGGUUACGUUUGAACAUUUGAGCUGUUUGAAAGGGUAGUGCAGGGUAAACUAUUUUCUAUACCAACUUAAGCACCAUUUUUGAACGUAUGUAUUCUCUCCACUGUGAACGACUCAUUUCCAUGUGCCUGGUGCAUUCUCCUGCCACAACACAUUCCUGGAAAACUUGACUUCAGUAGUUUGAUUUAGACCUUUUGGACCAAUUUACAACUAUGUAAUUUUAACAUUGUAUUUAUUUGUUCAUUUAAGCCAUACAAUGUUUUAUGUCCAUAUACAUUCUUCAUAGGGCUAUGAAUUCAGUUCUUUAACAAUGCCAAAGGCAACCUAUUUAAGUCACGGGAUGCAUGUUAUUUAUGAUUUUGACAUCUGUUAUUGCGGGGGGAGGCGGUAUAAUGCAGUUACAUAUGAAAUGUUAUGUUGCGUAGUUUGGCGCUAGCCUGUCCGUGGUGCCUUAGUUGAACUAAUAUGGUGAUGUGAAGACUUGAGAACCCAGAGGCUCCAGUGGAGGGCUCUAACCCAGUCUGUCCAGCAAACCUGUGACUGUCAACUGAAACCUUCAGUGUUGUGCAGGCGCCUGCCGAGGCAGUGGUAUACAAAGAACCAUGUUUAAACUGUAAAUACUAAUGUGUAUAUGUUAUGUACAUAAACUGAACGUUCUCUUUUCUAAUGGAAACAUGAAAUUUAUUGAAUAAAUGAAAUAGAAAUUAA